AUGAGGUUCACAGCUGACAACUGUUGACUUGCUCGAAGUUUCUAUAAAGCUUGGGCUCGAAUUGUGCCAAAUAUUUAAAAUUGAUUAGCAUUGAAUUUUUCUUUAGUGUUUUUUUAACACUUCAAAAUGUGUGCGAAAAUGGCAUUCCAACACCAAGCCGGUACGGCUAUGGAGUGUUUGAGCAUUCCAAUAACACUUCACAAGGAGGUAUCUGGAGAUACGAUGAGAUGCGGAUUUAAAAUUGGUGGCGGAAUAGACCAAGAUUAUCACAAAAGUCCACAAGGUUAUACGGACAAUGGCAUAUAUGUGACAGAAGUACACGAGUCAAGUCCCGCAUCUAGAGCUGGGUUACGUGUCCACGAUAAAAUCUUACAAUGCAAUGGAUAUGACUUUACAAUGGUAACACAUAAAAAGGCAGUGAGCUACAUCAAGAAGAAUCCAACCUUAAGUUUACUGGUGGCGAGAAAAGGUGUUACAUCAACCUAAAAUAUAUUUAAGUAGUUUUCUAGUCAUCAACAGAGUGGAAAAGCUAACAUCAAAUUUAAGAAAAGCAAGAAUUUCUUAAAGCUUUUCCAAAUGGGCUAGACUAAGUUAUCCUGUCAUACUUUCAUCAUUCCAUGUUAGUUACCAUGAGUUUAAAAGAUUUUAAGUCUGUUCUUGUUAUUAUGCAGCUUAGAUUAUCUUUAACACCAUGAGCAUCACUGUUAAAUGGACCCUGUGUAUGUGGAAAUAUGAGAAUUUCUUUGAUUCUAAUAAGCUUUUAGUCGAUAUAAUUGUUAUGUAUUGAGAUAAAAAUCAAAAUUUUUAAUGAUAGUUUUAACUAGUUUAAGUGUUUUAGCUGAAUAAAAUUUUAGAUGUUCAAGUAUGCCAUUGAAUUAUAAGUCAGUAUUUCAAUAAUUUUUAAUUAGAAUUUAAAAUGCAAUUGUUUUAUUGUCUAUUACAUGU